CUUUCGUCAACUUCACCAUGGAUCAGUCACAGACUUUGCCGAUACGCGGGCAUGUUCGGAACAAGUCUUCAACGAGCAGGUCAACGAGGCCUCGGUCCUCAACCAAGGGCCCACUCGAUGCCGAUGACGACCCCCUAGCUUCGCCCCUGUCUCCUCAGCAGGCAAAGCAUCUGGUUCCAUCCCGCCCACUAUCUCAGCGCGGCAGCCCACGGGUUUCUAUCGACAGGCCUCGUGCAUCCCCUCGCUCCCCAGGGCCCCGUCGGGCUGCCAGUCCAGCCAUUCUACCACCCAAGGACUUCUCCUAUCUGCUGCGGCCUGAGGUCUACCACCCCUUGACGCCUGUCACAGUCCCGCCUCCCUUCCGCAAUUCAAGCAAGCAACCACCUCCAGAUUCACCAAUCGACGAGCUACUUUCAAGGGGCCACUUCCGUGCCGCGGCUAUCGCAGCCGUCCAGGCGCUGACUGGCACCGGAGGCCAACCCGCGCCGGCACCCACGGACUAUGCCAGGAUCUUCGAGCUGCUCUACGUGCGGCUGUCAUGCCUGACGCUCAUAGAUUCUACCCAGAUUGCGGCCCAAGAGGUCCGGGCCCUCGAAGAUGUCAACAGUGCCAUUUACAUGGAUGAGAUAUCUGGCACCCACCUCGUGCCUUGGGACCUACGUGUCUUGAUCGUCCGCUUGCAAGCCAUGGGCUUCGGCGACCCUAGAAGGGCCAUCAUGAGCUACUACGAUCUUGCGAGGGAGGCCCGGUCCGAGAUAGCGACGGCAUUAGCCAAUCACAAUAAUUCGGCCAGUGAGGUCUGGAAAGACCGCCUGGUGGAUUUGGGCAUGAAGGUGGCUGGCGCAAUGAUCGAGAUGGACGACCUCGCAGGUGCAGCACAUCACCUCGCAGGUCUAAAGAGUCGCCCAGAUGGAAAGCUAAACAUCGCGAAGGCCCUCCUGUGGCUGCAUCUCGGCAACACUGACGCUGCCAGACAGUGCAUAAAGGACGGCGAGUCCGGCGAGAGGAUCAUAUCCGCCCUGUGCGGCAUGGCUGAUGGCGAAUACGAGACUGCCCUCUCGACAUGGAAAGAACUCCGAGAUGAGAUGGGCGAUGAUGAGAUGAUUGCUGUCAAUUUGGCUGUGUGCCUGCUCUAUACAGGUAAAAUGGAGGAGGGACGCGAGAUAUUGGAGAGCCUGGUUGACCGCGGUUUCUCCUCGCAUACCCUGUUGUUCAACCUGGCGACAAUAUUCGAACUCUGCACUGAUAGGUCACGGAGCUUGAAGACCAAGCUCGUGGAACGAGUGGCUGCGUUGGAGCCUUCAACCUCAGGGUGGGAGAAGGCAAACGGUGACUUCAAACUCUGAAAACGCAUUGCCAUCACGAAUCAAGUCUUGAUGAGACAACCGCACUGGAUGCAGGACCUGCCCAAAUAUAUUGCUGUGGAUGGUGGCACAGCUGGCCGCAUUCGAUGACCGCCAAUGACAAAUCAAUCCCAAUCGCUGGAAACACCAGCCCCAUGCGCCGAAGGAAACCACACCUAGCCGUCCUCUGACCACCAACACGCUCAGAUAAUGCAACAGUCGCAAGGUAGGGGGCACGGGACGCAGAAACAAAAGCGUCCCGGGCAACACCGGCUGCGGUCGCCACCUCGCAUCCGAGGAGUUGUAUCAGCGAUGGUGUGCGGUCGCUGAGGGUCUGUGUGCCAAGGUCAGCUCUGAGCACCGCUUGAAAAUGACAUGGUCCUGAGAGAGCAAAUCUUACCCAUCGGCGGGGAUACUCUUGGCUGUGUCACUUCUAUCCUCGGGGGCGGCGCGGGGAGACUCUGUUCGUCCACCACAUUGCAUUGAGGUUGGUUCUCCACUGGCGACAUUGUGCUGCUCGGGUUGUGGAGGAUGGUCCGUGGGAAGAUAGCUGCAGUCUUUCCUUUGGCUACAGGCGGAUGGUUUGUAGCGCAAGCACUUCGUCCCUGGGCAAUGCUGCUUCGGUUGUGAUGACAAGCUGAAAAUGAACAGGCCAGAUACCGUAACUUGCUGGAAAGAGAACUGGGCUUGGUCGCCUUUUUCAAAUGCGUGCCGUGGGCUCACUGGAGCUCAAUCAACCGCAGCGUCACCCCCACCUUUCAGGCCGAGUCAGGCUUUAGUGACCAUGGCCCCCCCAACCGGCCCCUAUCAUUCGUGGCUGAGAGGCGUGCCCGUUUCAUGCUGUGCAUUGCUCGAUUUGCUGGCGAGCCUGCUAGCGCCCUCGUGCUAACAAUUAAACCUGCUGUGCAGCCAAGCGCCAGCCGGGAUGCUGUCUUGCUCCGCAUUACCGCAGGGCGUUUCAAUCCCCGAACACGCAGACACGCGCGUCCCGAGGCACUGCCAGCGGUCGGGCCAUUAAAAUCCCUGCGUCAUACGUGACAUCAC